UUGUUGAAGAGACAACCAGUCACUGACGCGCGAUCUCUUAAGUGAGUUGUCGAUUCACGGAAAGGCAAAAAAACAAUCUAGAUCGAAACCAAGGCACGUUUAACGUAAAUCUUCCAGGAUCGAAAGCAGUUGUAGACUUUGAUAUAGUAGGAUUGUUUUUAAAAUGACACCGGGAGUGACAGGUUCAAUAAAGUAGUACCAGGGAUUUCGAUAGUAUAUUUCUACGAACUAAUAUGGAAGACAUCAACGACUAACCACAGUGUAGGUGCAGCUGUAGACAUAGAAUGACGAACAUAUCAGCAGUGAAGAUGAGCUUCAAAAAGGCAAAGUCCAGAGUCAGAAAAAUCAAGCAAAGCUCAAGGUAAGAGUGGUGCGCGCGCGGUGACGUUCGAUCGGCGUCCACGACUCGAGACAGGUUGUAUUGCUUGCAGGGGUUCCUUGGUAGAUGUAUUGUAUUUAAUACCAUAUAAAAAUGCUAUCUUCUUUAUAAAGAUUAUUUCAAGAAAUGUAUAAUGUUGGUUCGUCGUUGAUUGAUAUGGUUUUUAUGUGUUUUCCUGAGUUUUCCUUUUUUUAAAGAGGAACAGUGUUCAUUCGCUGCUACACCCCAACAGUCGUCCAUGGUAUUGCUAUCUACUUUAUUUUGUGAUAUUGUAACGUUACCUCUAGUGCUUAUCUUUUUUAAAAUAAUACGAAAAAAAAUGCGAAAGUAAAUUUUCAAGAUCAGAGUUGUCAGACGGAGUUUCCGCGUGAUUUUUGACACGCAUUUUUACCGAAACAAACACGUAACUUUUGUAUAARUUGAGCACUAUGAAAAAUUAUUCUUCAACAUUACAUUUGUGUGAUAUUUAUUUUUAUAUAUGAAACUAUCCUGCGAUCGACUGAUUUACAUAUACAAGAAAAAAAUACCGGAAGUUGUUGAGCAAAACAAUGAAAAAGUACGUCAAACUCGAAAACGGAAUUCACUUGUGAAAUCCAUGAAAUUUGAUAUAAUGAAAGUGACGUCGACACAUGAGCGAGUUUCCUGAAGCACAAAACUAGAUUUUUACUGAGCCUAGCGGCGAAGUCAACUGUAUGUAGAGAUUCAAAAUUAUUGCCAGACUAGCCUGACUGCACACAGACUAUGCCAUACAGACAAACAAAUUUCAAAAAAAAAAAGGAAACUUCCAAACAACUAUAAAUACCUAUGAAAACAGUUCCAUCAUAAUAUAAACUUCCUGAGUUUGACUGACCAGAACAGAACAGCUGAGUGGAGUGUCCCGAAUUUUCCUUUAUUAUUUUUCUUUGAAAAACUUGUCUGUGGUCUCGUUGAAAAAAAAAAAAGAAUGCGGAAUAAGCGCAGAGAAGAUAAAAAUACACCAGAUCUGACUGAUCGAGUGAGUGAAGAUUACGUAAUGCUUAGCCGGUCUUCCUGUGGUCGCGCGUAGAAUGAGAUCGAGAAGAUUAAAAGAUAAAAAUGGCGAAAUUAUUAUGCAAGUGAAUUCAAACAAUAUAUUAUAAGGCAAAAAAUUAUUAUUGACCGAAAAAGUUAGAACAAGUCUUCACUGAAGAUUCCCCAAAUGGAUGCUGGUUCAGGAAAUAAUGAAAAAGACGAACCAAAACAUGAAUCUGAGGACAAGGAAAGGCUGAACACCGUGGACCUUGAUUCAGCCUCACGACCAACUAGUUUAUCCCUCAGUAAUCAUGACAAAAAAGACAGUGAUAGUAACGAAUCAACGAGGAAGGCGUCCUCUCCGUCUCAAGAAGAUGAUGUCUCACUCACGGAUUCUGAUAGGUUAAGUUUGGAUUCCAAGGAAGUUGAAGACAUUGAUCGAAAAUCUGAAAAAAGUGUGUCAUCUAGUGCAAGCUCAAACUGGAAAUCAAGAAUACGAGAUUUAAGCCCGUCACGAAGAUCUCCCAGUCCAAAACCYGACAGAAAAAGCAAAGCCAAAAGUCCAUCAAAAUCUAAAUCCCCAGCAGGAUGGCUACCAGCGUCAUUCAAUCAGAUGUUCUCCAGUUACAAGAGUCGUUCAGGGGAUUUUAGAAGAUUGUUUAAAGAUUUGCCAGAUAGUGAACAACUUAUUGUUGAUUAUUCAUGUGCACUUCAGAGGGAUAUCCUGGUCCAUGGAAGGCUCUAUAUCUCACAGAACUGGUUGUGUUUUUAUGCAAAUAUAUUUGGAUGGGAAACAUUUGUUACAAUUAAUUGUUCAGAUAUUUCAAGCAUAAGAAAAGAGAAAACAGCUUUGGUGAUUCCUAAUGCUGUCCAAAUUAACACUGAAUCAGAGAAGUAUUUCUUUGCAUCUUUUGUAUCAAGAGACACAGCUUUUACUGUCCUAUUUAGAAUUUGGCARAAUGCACUUCUAGAUCAGCCAUUAACGCCAUCAGAGUUAAUUCACAUGGUAGGAAAGUAUGUAGAAUCCAGCAAGGAAGAUUCAGACUCUGACAAAGACAGCCAAACUCAUAGCAAUGAAGACUCCGACAUGUCAGAUGCUGAGGAAGAUAACACAGAAGAAGACAAUGACUUUGAGUUUGUUUCRAAUGACCUGCAGUCUGACAGUAAACAUAAUAUUGUAGCUCCUAGCGCAUUCAAGCCUGUAAAUGGUGAACAGUUACAUGUAAAUGCUGCYCCAGAAUUAUCGGUUACUCCACCUUCACCAACACAAGUCAAAUUAAAUGAAGACAAAGGAAAGUCAUCCUCUAGUGAAAAAAUUUCACGCUCCACACCUAAAUUAAAGAAGAGGAAACAUUCACCAUCAACAGCUAGUAGAAGUCCAGAUAUCAAGUCGCUACUGCUUGGGGUAAAGAAGGAUAAAGACAAGGUAUCUGAUGGAGAAGACGUAAAGAAUCUWGCAAAGGAAAGCAGUGAGAUGGAAGAAGAAGGGACAGUAUCUGAGUUUGCUGAUGACAGGGAAAGUCAACAAGAACCACAUUCCUGUCUGUGUGAAAAGCAUCUGGCACUAGAUAUGUUAAAUGAGGAGUACCCUGUAUCAGUGGACAGAAUGUAUGAGAUGUUGUUUACCGAAUCAGACUUUUAYAAAAAGGUGCAAAAACAACGUAAAACACGUGACYUGGUAUUUCAUCCCUGGUCAAAAACUGAAAAUGGUCAAYUGAGAACCAUUACUUAUACCGUAGCACUAAAUUAUUCUAUUGGACCCAAGUCAUCRCCGACCACUGAAAUACAGCACUGUGAAAAGGGUAGCAUUCCAGGAAGACUUUACAUGGUACAGACUGAAGUGAAUAACGAAGGAAUUCCUUAUGGCGAUAGUUUUUGUGUUGUUAAUAAAUUUUGUAUGACCAAGUGUUCAGACACUAUUUGUAGAUUACGCGUAACAAGUGAAAUAAAAUAUAAAAAAUCUGUCUGGGGAUUUGUAAGAAAUAUGGUUGACAAAAAUGCAUCAGAUGGUCUUAGAGAAUACUUCACAUUCUUAGGUACUUGCCUAAGAAAGGAAACAGAUGACAAGAGACAUGCUAAGAGACGAAGGUCAUCCCCAUCUGCACGAAGGGGUCAUCGACGUAACCGUAGCAUUAAGUCAAGAGAAGAAAUCAAUGCCUCGUCAAGCACUACUUCAACAUUGGCUGAUAAGACUGGCUAUGUUGCACCAUUAUGGCAGAGGACAUUCUCUAGCUUAAUGUCAUUUAGCAGGUCAAGCAUGCCAACAAUUGGAACUGAAAGCAAAUUUGCUUUUGGAAUCGCUAUGCUGUUGAUGUGUUUACUGAUGUUGAACUUAUUUCUUACGUAUCGUCUGCUCGCUUUGGAACGAGGUGCUCAGCUACGGCAUGACUGGACUGUAAAYAUAGAAAGUCUUCCCACAGACGCUAAGGAGUGGGCGCAGUUGUUACAACAACAAAAAGACAUACAUGAUAAAGAGAUGGAAAGAUGGAAAGCAGUGCUUUCAACAUCUAUUAAACUUAUGAAUCAGGUCCAAGAUUCUCUUGCAGAGYUGAAGAAAGAACUGCAUUAGAAGAUUAUUUUUAUUUUUGAAAUCCAUUCGUGUGUACAUGUAACUAUUAGGGUUUCAAUUUCGUUGGGUGAUGGGAACAAUUACAAUAUCUUAGUACUAGAACGAUAUGGUAUGCCAUUCGCUGGACGAAUUGGAUGCUGCAGGGUACUGUACUUAGAUGAUUACUAAUGCCUUGAAGGCAAGAUAUUGAUUUUUCUAAUUGGUUAUAAGUUAUUAUUGAGAGAUGACAACAAUAAAUUUGGAAAUAAUAUAUAGUGUACAUAAGUUGAAAGUAAAAUAUCAUUGAAUUGGAGUCAUUACACUUAUCCUGUGAAACACCCAAGUGCUGUAAUACUUCAUAAUUAAAAACAAUUAUCAAAACA